UCCCAGCUAGCACAAACAUAACUGGGCUUUUCAGCAAUGUUCUGUUUAAGUCAACAUAUGUAAUAUCAACUGGUACAUUAAUAUAAGGUUUUACCAAUGUAUCCGUGCGCUCCCAAAGGAAACAUAUUUCGAAUAAUGUGAUGUUUCAAUUCUACAUGACCUUCACAUUAGUGGGACUUUAAUGAACUACUUUCCUCAGAUGUUCUUUAGAGAAGUAAAUGUAAUGAACCUUUUUGGAAUUGAAUUUACCUCACUAAGUUAUGUUCAUGCACAAUGUCUAGUAGACAUAUGAGUAAUAUAAUCUGUUAUUAUCCCUUCAAAACGUUUCUCGUCCAUUACCAGUCCAUUACACUGUACUCAAAAUGUUAAGUAACAUGUUAUGUAUUUCCGAACGAACCACGAAUGUCCCACAUAACAAAAAAGAAGAACAUAUAAAAAUUUCCUAACCUCACUCUUUCUCUAAAGUGUUAUGGUUUUGGGUUUGGCGGUUUUUCUAGCGUUAGUUCUUGGCUUUUGGCAUAAACAAACUAAUAAUGGCUUUUGGCUUUGAUUAGGUCGUUUAGCCUACGUUUUGCCCCUCAUCAGUUGUAGCAGGUGUUGUUGCAGGGUGUUGUGUGUGUAAAAUAUACAUAUUUAUCGAAUGAUUGAUUUCUAUCGAUUAAGCUUGUUCCUGAAGCUGUGUCUUGGCGAAUUUAAAAAUGAGCUAUGCUGUUGUGAAGUUCAUAAAUGAAGACGAAAGUGAUGAGGAAGACUUAUUGGUGUCUGAAGUGCCAUUCUCAUGGCUCAGCAAAGAUCAGAGAUUCUGCAAAUGGCCUCCUAGUCAAUAUGCCAGUAUCUUUAUUGCAAAAAAUGUAUCUCCAAGUGAUGACUGGGAUGAACAUCCUAUAGAGCUGGAAUUUACAUGUGAUACCUUAGCAGAAGCCAAACAACGAGCCAAGAGUGGAAAACCUCAAGAAAAAAUUGGUAGAGGUUUCAGGCAAAUAAAGCCAAUUGAUUACUUCAGUCCUGCUGAAGAAGAGGAGAAGCAAAAAAAAAAGAAGAAACAAAUUCCUGCUAGUAAAGAAAUCCCUAUUGAGCCCCCAGAAUUAGAUUAUGUUGCACUGAUUGCUGAUCGAGUUUCAGAUACAGACAAUGAAAGUGAAGACAUUCCAAAUACCGAAGACAACUCAAGAAGGACCCAGAAAAUAACAGUUGUGGAUCUAGACUUGAAGGAAGCCUCAAUGGAAGCAGAUCGAACAAUCACUCCCCACAGUAGCAAUGAUGGUGGUGGGAGUACUGGAACAUUUGCCACUCUGGUUGUUGAUCAAGAUAUACACUCCAUUCACACAAAUCUUGGAAAAAUAUUGAACAUGCUAAUUGAAAUGAAGAUUGAUGUUAUGGAAAUUAAACAAAGAAUGAACGAAGGCCCCAUUGCUACAGAGAAAGAAAUAGUAUUUCCAAUGGUAUUGCCAUUGAAAAGUCUUCCAGAAAUUGAGGCACUGGAAGCUUUUGUCAAAACAGAAGAAGGAAAACAAAGUUUCACUAACUUUGUAAAAUCGAUUGGUGGAAAAGACACCAAAGAUUUCAUCACAAGAGUGUUGAAACAAGUUUUCACCAAUGCCCUAUCGGAAUUAUGUUCUUGGACAGGACGAAAAAAUAACUUUGAACUGGGCCAUUUACAAAUCAUGAGAAUCAUAUUUGGAGUUAUCAGAAUUAAUGAGGGCUGCAAUGCUAAAGAGUUUGAGCAACAUGUAGCUGAAUGGUUUCGGCACGGAAAACAGCGGCAGCUUAGGGAGGUUCUGAAGUUGAAUAAAAGAACUUUGUUGGAAUAAUCAAUAUUAUUGUAUUCAUAAACUGAAUUUUGAACUUUUUGUUUGAAUAAAUUUCAUAUUUGAUUUUGUAUCUUAAUAUUUUAUUCUUCGAACUCAUGAGAAAGUUCUGUGAAACAAAAUGAUAAAGUGCUUAACUUUAGGGGUACGAUUUUUUGUGUUAAUAAUAGGUGAAAAGAUUCGAUUG